AUGGUUUGAGGAUAUACUACUCUUGCCCCAUCUAUUACUCUAUCUCUCCUUCUAAUUGUUCGAAUGAUUCUUCAUGCGACUGCUAUACUGCAAGCGAGUGUAAAAAAAAUAGAAAGAGUUAAAGCAACUAUAGUUAAUAGUUGAUUAUUAUUACUCCCACCUGAUGAAUUUAUUUGUGCAACUCAUGAUAUAUGAAUCCCAGCAUAUGAAUCGUACGAGUUCCCAGUGAUAUAA